AUGUGGCUGUGGGGCUUUGCUUUGUCAGUAUCCGCUGCUCUAUCGCUCAUUUCAAAUUCCCUUGUGCUAGCGAACCAGCGGGUCAAUGAAACGGGAACAUUCAACGUAACCACUCCAGCUUCUCUGAAAACACUCCCGGACCAGGUCGACUACAGGGUUCUUGGCACUCCCAUCACUAUUCGGUUCUACGGCUACGGUCUCGAUCUUGACGUCAAGAAGGGCUCAGCUCUUAUCUUACUGGUUACACAGGGCGAGCAACUCGUUUGGGACCAACCCGUAGAGGAUGACUUGCUUCUGGCCGACUAUGAGGGCAUGGAAUUCAGAUUUUAUCCGCAGGUAUGGAUCACAUGGAGGAUGUUAUAUGAAACGACACUAGCCAUGGAAUACUUUUUCUCACAUAUCUUGAGGAGGGAAUUCAGUUUUUACCUGCGGCUCGAGGGACAAGAGGAUUUCUUUGGCCAUGGACUAAUGCGGAUGAAUGAUAGGCGUGCGUGA